AUGGCUCUAGGAUCAGUAAUCGCCGAUUCUGCCCCUCCAUUCGCUGCUUCGCCGUUUGAAAAUAGAACAUCCGCCGUGGAUAAUCUCCUCAACUUUAUUGAGAGUGAGUAUAAAAAGGGCAACCAAACAGUCACCAAGGAAAAGUACAGGGCCCUCUUGGAGAUCCAGAAAAAGCAGAAGUUGCUUGUGGCCAAAACAAACAACAAAGAUAGCACAAAUAGCCUGAAACACGGUCUCGCGUCACCGCCACUACCCAAACCGUUGUAUCCGCCGCUUUUCUCCAAGUUUAAGCUUCCGAAUCCUCCAGUGAAGCCAAUAGAACGCCACCAUCGUCGCAAACAGAAGAAACUCACGUUCAAAUAUAUCGAGUCGGUAGUGAUUGCCAUUUUGGAGACUCUCGCUAACAUCUUGGACAACCUUCAUCUCUUUUCCAAGUUUCCCAUGUUUCCCAAGGUUUUGACCAAUGUGUUGCAACACACCAACCGAUUGUGGGUACUCAUAUUGGUGUUUUUGAUCCGUAAAACCGUAUCGCAGCUCCUCAAUGUGAUUCGGAAGGAGAAGAAGGUUAACACGGAGUUGAACAUCUUGAAAUCUAACACUAACUCCAAGCUUUUGGAGGAAGAAUCAGAAGACAACGAUUCCAACAUCUUGCGCAAGUACGAAAAGGUGAUCAGAGACUUGAAGUUCGACAAAAUGAUGCUCAAGAUAGAGCUCAUAGGAAACUUUUUGGACUUGUCAUUUAACAUCAUCGAGCUCUACGACUUCCCGGUGCCUACUUGGUUUAUGAACACGUUGAACUUUGCCAGCAUGGCCAUGACCAUCUACAGAAUGAACAAGGACGACGAAUAUGUGGAUGAUGAUAUCACAGAAGACUUGAUCUAG